CGAAUAUGCGCAUUUUAAUAAGGAUUGAAAAAAUAUGAGUGCAGUUAAUAAAUAUAUGCAUUCAGAAAGACGGAUAUAAUGGCGAUAAAUGACAGACCUGUGAGGUAAUCAUUUUGAACCGUUUUAAACCAUUUUAAAUGGAAAGAAAAGGAAACAAACGUAAUUCAAAGGAGAAAGUUGCCAAUGAACCGAAGAAAAGGAAGCAGCAUCACGACGAACCUAGUCGCUAUGGAAAUUUCCAGUCAUCUUCGGGACAGAAAUCUGGAGGAAGUAUGAUGCAAUCUGAAGAUGAAGAAGAAGGCGAAGAGAAAAAUAUCGGUUUACCAACUAACCAUGGCAUAGGGCGUAAAAUAAACAGACCAAGUCUAUUGACACAAUUACAGUCCAUACUUAGAAAAUAUCCAAAUGACGCACAAAUUCUUCGGGAGAUGAUUCAAAAUGCGGAAGAUGCUGGUGCUAAAAAUAUGAAGAUAUUUUACGACAACCGUGUCAUAACACCAAAAGGUUCAAAGAAACUUAGGCAUUAUUUCAAGUCACCUGGGAUUUUGAUAUAUAAUGAUGCAUGUUUUAAACAAGAGGACUGGGAGGGUAUCAUCACAAUUUACAAUAGUGUAAAAGAAAAAGAACCACUCAAAGUUGGAAAGUUUGGACUUGGAUUCAAGUCUGUUUUUCACAUGACGGAUAACCCAGUGAUUAUAAGUGGCGACACUCUUCUAAUCAUAGACCCAUUGUCUCCGACGGAAACUUGGUCAGUAUCAUUAAAGGAUCUAAACAAAUUUUAUCAACCUGAACAGACUCUUGCUUGUCUUUACAAUAGAUUUGGAUUUGACGAUACUGCGUUAGAACUAGGGAACUUUGAAGGAACUCUAUUUUGGAUUCCACUUCGACAAGAGAGGAGUGCUUUGAAACCAACUGCUACUCCAUAUUUAGAAGAUGAAAUCAAUGAUUUUCUAAAGUCUUUUAUUACUGAAGCAAGAUAUGACCUACUCUUUCUGAGAAACUUAGAGAAAGUUGAGGUCGGUAAUAACCGAAGCAAAGAUCCAUAUUUCAAAAUUGAAAUGCGUGGAAAACAGCAAGUCCCAUUUGAACAAAUUCGGAAAAAGUUCAGAACAGAUCUUCUAAAACUUGGCAGUAAACACCCAGAUAGUGAUAUAAUUUCAAAAUAUGAGGUCAUUUUAAAAACAACAAACACAGAAGAUCACUUUGUCGUGGUUAAUUGGUUGACAGGAAGGACGAAUUUCCCGGAGAACAUAGGAGCUAUACUGAAUGAUUGUAAUAAUAAAGAACUGCAAUACAGCCCAUAUACUGGAGUGGCUUAUUGCACAUUUUCCGAAACAAAGGAAAACCACCAAGGACAUAUAUUUUGUUUCCUGCCUUUACCAAUGACAUCAAAGAGUUUGACUGGACUCCCUGUCCAUGUAAAUGGAUUUUUUGAUCUGGAUGAUAAUCGAAGGUCAAUGAAAAUGCCAGCUGCAAAUAACGAAUCGUUAAAAAGUGACACAUCGUUAAUUUGGAAUGAAGAAAUGAUCGGAGAACUAUUACCGUAUCCAUAUUUUAUGCUGGUGCUGUUUUUGAGAGAUAUUUGUAUAAAGAACAACAAUCAGUCAGAAAGUGUAAAAGAUGUUUAUGAAUCUAUUCCAGAUCCACUAAAAGUGGAAACACAUUGGAGACCACUUGCUGAAAAGUUGUACCAACAAAUUAUGAAAGAAAAUAUUUUUUUUACAAAACAAGAAAACGGUAAAUGGAUAAAUCAAUGCAACUCAUUAUUUGCCAUAUUUGAAAACAAUUCUGAUGAAGAGGUUCUCCAUGAAGUAGAAACAUUUUUGUUGGAUAUUGGCGAAAAUCUGGUGAAAAUACGAACACAUGUAGAAAGGAUUUUAGAAUAUAUACACUGUUCACCUUCCUCUAUAAGUCCAAGAUUGAUACGUCAGAAACUCAAGGAAUACCAAAAGGUGUGGAGUAAAUACUCCCCAAAACGAAAACAAACGAUACUGUCGUUUAUACUUGAGGACGGAAACUACGACGAUUUGGCCGAUAUAAAGCUUCUUCCACUGUACAAUGGCGAAUUCAAGCCAUUUUCCGUUUUUGAAAAUGAGGUAUUUGUUAUAGAAGAGGAUCCUAGCAGCUUAUAUCCUGGCCUGGAAAACAGAUUUAUAUCUCAAAAUAAAGUUACAGAUAAAGUUUGGGAUGCAGUGUCAAAUCUAGCAAAAAAAGAAAAAUUCCAACUGAGAUUGGUGACAAAUCAAAACUUCCCAAAAUUGCUGAAAGAAACAAUUAGUAUAAAUUGUACUAAAAACCAACAGGGAAGUUACGUUCCUGGACACGAAUCGUUUCUUGGGUGUACUUGGAUAGAGAGAGUUUGGCGAUCUAUUAUUUUAAGGAGAUACCUUGAUCUACAACAAUUUCACUCUGUACCUAUCAUUCCCAUCAGACAGAUAAAUGAAUCUCAUGGUGAACACUCUAAGAAAAAACGCAAAAGAUACAAGGAUAUGUCAAAGACGCAUAUCACUGAAUUUCUCACACUUGAGGGAAAGUACAUGUUUUCAAAGUUCAACAGUAUAAAACUUACCAAACCACUAAAAAAAGUUGUGCAAUUACUGGGCACUAGAGUCAUUUCCCAAAGAGAAACCAUUCAUUUUGAAAUAAAAGGUGUAACCGAGAUGUAUAUAAAACAACCAACACCUUUAAACGUCAUAGGUAGCUUUUCAAACGCAUCUUUGGGAGGAAAUGUACAGGAAAUUGCUGAAACAAUCAAUACAGAAUGCACUGAUGAGGAACGUUCUGAGUUAGCACAAUAUUUAGAGAAGCAUAGACAUACUAUUGAAAAGGCCUCAUUUCACAUAUUUCAGCUCCUUAAAAUUUUCAAGCAAGAUGAUAACAAAAACGCAAAAGAAAUGGUAUGUUUGAAAGAAAAUUCACAAAUCCAUUCAAAGUGCUCGUUAUCCAAAGGUUUCCAGUAUCCGAGAAAAUAUUUAUCAACAAGUAACUCAGCGUUGGCGCAACAGCUAGGAGGAAGCAAUAUAACCGAAACGGAUUGCAUUUCAAAUAUACUUGAGUAUAUGAAACAAGGGUGCAAGAUGUAUGGUCAAAGAGAGAAAUUAAAAAUAAUGAGUCAUUUAAGAUAUAAGUCAGAUUUGUUACCUGCUGUUUUGAAGAAAGCUCUGGAUGUGGAUUUUGUGCUGUCGUCUGACGGGAAAUAUUACAAAGUAGGAGAUCUUUUUAACCCAGCAUCAGUCAUACUGACAAAACUUUUCCAAAAUCAGAAAGGUACUUUUCCAGACGGUGCUUUCCUUGUGACCAAUAGUUUCAAUGAAUCAUUUUUAGAAAAGCUUGGAAUUAAGAACGAGAGACAUGUAAGUUCUAAUAAUCUUGUUAUAGUAGCAAAGACAAUAGACCAAAAUAGAAAAGAAAGUUUGUCACAAGCAAACGCUUUGGUAUCGUUCUUGGAAAACUAUCGUUCAGUGAUAACGGAAGAAGCAUUGCAUACAAUAAAGACUUUAAAAUGGUUUCCAUGUUCAAAAAGACGAGAUUCUUACCCAUCACAGUUAGCUUGGUUUCAAGAAAAUAGCCUUUGUGCACCAACAGAAGUAAAACAUAUAAAAUACAAGUACCUUUGUGGCUCGGUAGUUCCACUAGCUGAAUUUGCGGAGUCUUUCAAACCAAUUGCGGACUUCUAUGACUGGAAUUCUCCUCCAAGCGUUGAUAUGGUUUUGCAGCAUUAUCAAAAUGUAAUCAGAUCCUACCAAUCGAGAGAAAAUUUAAAGUACAUAAUGAUUGCAAAACAAGUUUUUAAGUUUUUCCUAGAGGAGAUGCAUAAAAAUAAAAUAGAUGAUGUCACCAUUCGUAAACUCAAAUGUAUGAAUAGUGUUCCAACUAAAUGCCAUGGAUUUAAACCAGUAAUGCAAACAGUGAUCGAAACUGGUUCUUUCAAUAUGGAACCGUACUUGUAUGAAGUUUCAAAUGAUGUUUCAGACUUUUCAAAUCUCUUGAAAACGUUGGGAGUCAAAGAAAGAGUUGAUUUUAUUAUUUUAAAAUCGAUUUUACAACAAUUACAGGACAAGUAUAAGUCUACAAAAAUUAGCAACUCUCAAGAUGUGAAAAAAGACCUAAAAAUGGCAGUAAAUGUUCUUUCAAGUAUUGUUGAAAUGCAGAUUAAGAAAAAAGAGCUGUUGGAUGUUCUUAUUCCAGUUUGCUCCUUUGAUCGAGAUAAUCUUCAAUUUAAAACGAUAAAUGAGUGCACUUAUGGAAUUGAAAAUAACAAAGAUACUUUUGUCGGCCAUGAAAAAAAUUCUGGAAGAAAAAUGGUUUUUGUUCAUCCCGAUGUUAAUCAUAUUGCCCAAAAGUUAGGAGUCGUAUCUAUUAAAAAGCGUUUUAUACAAAGCCAGAAUAUCACAGUUCUUUCCUGGGGUCAGAGAGAAUCUUUAACAACAAGAAUUUCCAAUUUAUUAUCAGAGUAUAAUGACGGUUUCGCAGUUCCAAAAGAACUUAUUCAAAAUGCUCAUGAUGCCGGGGCAACAAGAGUUUGUUUUUUGUAUGACGAACGGGAAAAUAUGUAUGAUAAUGACAAACUUCUAGAUCCUGGUAUGGCUGAAUGUCAAGGACAAGCCUUAUGGGUAUAUAACAAUGCCAUGUUUAGGGAUAAAGACUUUGACAACCUUAUUCAGCUUGGUGGAAGAACUAAACUUCAAGAAUCUGGGACAAUAGGGAAGUUUGGUCUUGGGUUUUGUUCUGUAUACAAUUUGACAGAUGUACCAAGCUUAAUCAGCAGACACAUGUUUGGAGUUCUGGAUCCUCAUUUGCAUCACCUAGGUGAGGCUACACAGGAUAAAGAACCCGGUAUUUUGAUUGAGCUGAACAAGGACUUUAUUUCUACAUUGCCUGACCAGUUUCAACCCUACGAGAAUGUGUUUGGAUUCAAGGGUGACUGUUGUGAUCAACCUUACAAAGGAACAUUGUUCAGACUUCCACUCCGAACACGACACCAGGCGUCUUCGGAACAUCAAAAGAUAAAAAGAAUAGAAUACACAAAAAAUGAAAUGAUGAUACUAUUAGAAAAGUUUAGAAUGGCUGUUGCAAAUUUGCUAUUAUUCACCUCAAAUGUUAGAGAAGUACUGGUUUAUCAUUUGAAUGGGAGAAGUAAAGAUCCAGAUAGGGACAAGAAACUGUUGUUUAAAUCAUGGAAAUCACAAUUAAAUAGAAAAGAUCUAAGAACAAAUCUAUUAAAGACAGUUGCUGAAAAAAUGCAACAUGAUCAGUUGUCGGAUCUUAAUCUCGAGAUGGAAGUAUGUGAUAUUGGCAUUGAAGUAUAUGAUUCAGCAAAAGUAUUAGCAAAAGACUUUCCAGAGCUUUUAGAAAACUUUAAGCCAUCAAAAGCUUCACAAUCAUUUGCUUUUGCGUAUGGCAUCGGAAAUCAUUCAGUUGGACUUGCAAGGAAACUAGAAAAAGAGGGGGCUCUUCCUAUAGGUGCUGUAGCGCUUCCAGUAGAAAGGAAAGGAAAUGAAUUGAUAAAAUAUACGAAAAUCAAUAAUCUUCCGAAAGGUUUUUACACGAACGGCAGAAUAUUUUGUUUCCUUCCACUUCCCCUUCCUUUGUCUACAGAGCUUCCACUUCAUAUUAAUGGUUGUUUUAUGGUGGAGCAAAAUCGAAAAAGUAUCAUCUGUCCUAACACCGAAGACAAAUCAAAUGCGAAUAGCGAAUGGAAUCAAAAUAUGCUAAGUGAUGUUAUUUUAAGCGCGUUCAUGAAAAUACUGUCCUCAUUAGCCUCUCUGAGGGAUCAUAGGAUUACUGAUGCUUAUUAUUGGACACUUUGGCCUCAAACUACAAAACAUACAAUGCAAGAUACUAGUAUUGCUUGUCUCAUUAACGCUUUCUAUAGAGAAAUUUUACAAACUGACAUACCGAUCUUUUACCGUAAGGAGAGUAGACAUACGACAUUUGUCAGACCGUUUAACAAUGCAACAUUUUUAGAUCCUGAAUUUAGAAAUUCAGGCGAAAAUGGACAAAUAGCAUUUGACUGCUUGGUUGCUUUUUAUGAUGGCAGCUCAGUUGUGAUGGAUAUGCCUAUAAGUGUAUAUAAGAAUCUUAAGGCAGCCGCUUGCGAUGAUACAUCCUUGGUGGAAAAGCGAAUAAUUUCAAAAAAGACUUUUUUCAGUCGAUUCUUUUUCCCAAAUUUAGAAAACUUGGUUUUGAAAACAACAUUAAGUAAAGAUCAACGUGACAGCCUUGUUAUCGAAGCUUUUAAAGACAAAGCCUUACACGAUCUCGUCAAAGAUUAUAAAUGCAUACCUGUAAUGAUGUCAGAAACUCUUCUUCAUCCAAAAGACUUAGUAUGGCAAGAUGGACCACUAGAAUCUAUGUUUGAGAAAAACGACAAGCGAUUUCCCAAAUCAACAUUUAAACAUUUGAAAAACACAUUGGAUGAGAUGGGGAUGAUGGUUAGUUAUAUUUCGUCAACUAUACUAUUGGAGAGAGUGGAUACAGUCAAAAGAAUGCAAAGAAAAGAUGCACUUAAAAGAUCUAAGGCAAUUUUGAGAUAUUUAAAUGACAAUGUUGAUCGUCAUCAAGAUGUAACAAAUGAUUUAAAACAAAAACCUUUUCUUCCUGUUAUGUCAAAACCUGUUUAUUGUCUGCUACCUUGGAAAGGAUACAAAAAAGAAAAAAAACUGUUGCCGCCUGAGAAGUUAUUUUCUCCUUUUGAUAAAUAUGUGAUAGGAUCUGUUGGGUGCAUUGCCGAUAUUGAAGGACAAUCUAUCAGUAAGGAGACAAUGCACCAAAUUGGUAUUCGAAGUAUUGAAUUACAAGAUAUCAUAGAACAAAUUAAUGUUCUCGGAAAGUGCAAUGUAUCAUCUUCUAAUUGGCUUGAUAUAUACGUUUUGUAUAGCAUGCUGGACAAAUUCAUUGCUGGUUUUACCAAUACUUCAUAUGCUAAUAUUGAUGUAAAUUCGUGGAAACAAAUGAAGAUUUUAAAAGUGGGAUCAGAAAUGAUUGAACCUCGUAGGAUAGCCAUGAAUUUGACAUUAAGAUGUCAUCCAUAUUUGUAUGAAAUGGACGAAAACAUGAAAACAUUCACAAAUGUAUGGCAACUUUUAGAUAUACAGGAUCAUUUUAACAAAUCUAAUUUCAUCAGCGCAUUGAAAGAACAUAGUCAAAUGAUAGGCAUUACUCAAAUGGAUGGUCAAUUAACAAUUAGUGUAGUGAAUUUACUUUCAAAUUUAUGCGACCUUUUGGAGUGUGGUAAACUAUGUCUUUCAGAAAAAGAAAAAAGCAACAUAAAAGUUCCAGACAACAACUGCUUUAUGCGUAGCAUUUCGGACCUUUGCUAUGAUGAUGGCGACUUUCAGUACGAUGAAGAUGAUGUUUACGUCAUUCAUGGUAAACUUACAGGCUUAAUUAUCAAACAUUUAGGGAUAAUGUCUAGACGUCACAUGUAUUUAAGCCGACAUGCAGAUGAAAUUGCAUAUGGACAGACAGAACAGCUUGUAACCCGUCUUAGUGGUCUUCUAAAGGAUUAUCCAAUAGAUCAUUCUGUUCUUAAUGAGCUUCUUCAAAAUGCUGACGACGCAGGAGCCACUGAAAUCCAUUUUGUUUAUGAUUUACGACAUCUUGGUACUAAGAAAACAUUUGGCAAAAAUUGGAAUCUUCUUCAAGGACCCGCUCUUUGUGUAUAUAAUGAUGCAAGUUUUUCAGAGAAUGAUUUAAAAGGCAUCACGAACCUUGGAGAGGGCAGUAAGUCAAAUGACGCAACGACAACAGGACAAUUUGGUGUUGGAUUUAAUGCAGUAUACCAUUUGACAGAUGUUCCAUCAUUUCUUACACUUGGACCACGUACUCCAAAUGGUGGCGCAUUUUGUGUUUUUGAUCCGCAUUGUUGGUAUGCCCCUAGAGCUAGAGUUGAAGCACCUGGAAUAAGAUUAUUACCAGAGAAAUUAGAAGCAAAAUACAAUGAUGUUUAUAAAGGCUAUCUUCAGGAUUUCUUACCAGCAGAAAUUGGUACAUGGUUCAGAUUUCCACUUCGGCGGGAAAAUCCGGAAUGUCCAUCUAAAAUAAGUAGCAAUGUCAUUUCGAAGAAUGCUAUGAUUGCAUUGCUAAAGAAAAUGAAAGAGGCUAUGACGAAAAGUUUAUUAUUCUUGUCAAAUAUAACAAAGAUAAGCAUAUCAUGUAUACGGAAAGGUGGAGUUCAACUUUCUGAUAAAUACAGUGUGAAUUCGAAAUUGCAUAAUUCAGACCAGCAAAACUAUGACAGUUUUAUGUCCCGUAUUAUAUUUGAAUCCAGUCGUUUAAAAUCAAAAGCUGUGAAAAUAAACGAUAUUGAACUCCAGGAAGUGAAAUAUACCAAUAGCGUUGAGGACAAUACAGGGAAUUCCGAAACAUGGUACGUGGUUCAAACCUUUGGCUUUUCGGACAAUGCCAAAAUCCCUGACGUUGUUAUAAAUGCUGCUGCGCAGAAAGAUUUUUUCCUUUUACCAAGAGGAGGAACUGCCAUGAAAGUAGCUGACAAUUUUACCCAAUUUCUUAGAACAGGAACAAAUGCAGUUGAAGAACAAGAGACUCGUGGUGAAGCUUUCUGUUUUCUUCCACUGCCAAUUUCUACUGGAUUACCAUGUCAUAUAAAUGGGCAUUUUUCGGUUUAUUCUCAUAGGAACGAAAUUUUUGGAGGAAAACAUAUAGAUGAUAUUAGAUUUGUUUGGAACAAACUUAUAUUACAUCAAACCAUUGCUCAUGCAUACGCUAGCUGUUUAGAUUACACGAGACGAACUUUAAUAAUUGAUGACAUAAAUGAUGAAAGUUUAAACUCUAUGCAAAUUUAUUUUAACAUGUUCCCAAAUUUUGAUGAGAUUAAAAGCUCUAUGUGGAAAGAUCUUGCUUUAGAAGUGUAUCUCAGCAUUUACAAUAGAGAACUUAAACUAUUUCCUAUAUGUCCUGCGUUUCACCAGUAUGCGGGAAAUGUAUUUAAAGAGGCUGAAAAUGAUAUUCCAGUCAACUUUCAAGGAAGAAUUUUAAAAUGGGCGUCGCUGCACUGUAGAGGACAGUUCUACCCAUUAUUCUUUGAGAUCUCCAAUCAUACUUCAAUCACGCAUUUGAAAACAAAGAAGGCGAAUGUAGAUACAAACAAGAUGAAUACACAUAUGUGACAAGUCC